AUGUGGUGCUGCUGUGAGACGGCAGAGGAUGUAACUGUCCAAGUUCAGUCCAGCCCGGUUCUGAACGAGGAUGGCAUCUCGGCCAGCGAGGCCCCGGAGCGGGGAAGCUUCACAGUGAAGCUGGAGUUGGAAGAGUUGAAGCCGCGGAUGCUGGGCGUCGGCCUGGACUCCACUGAAGAGAAGGGCCUCUUGAUCGUGGGCUUCUUUGACGGAGUUCUCUCAAAGUACAACGCGAAGUUUCCGCGGCAGGCCAUCAAGAAGUUCGACAAGAUCACGGCGGUCAAUGGCAAGGCUGGCAACGCCAACGACCUGCGAAGGAUUAUGGUUUCCGCCAUAGCCGACGAGACCCUCGAAACCUUGGCCCUGACCCUGCGGCGGCCGGUGGAGAUAGAGGUUGUGGUACGAAGACCUGGACCGCUUGGCAUCCAGGUGAACUACACCGACCUGCUCGGCGGAGUGCUGAUCACCAAGAUUGUUCCGGAUGGCCUUGUCGACCGGUGGAAUGCCGCCAAUGCCGAGGAGGUGAGGGCCGAUCCGCCUGAAGCUUUUCUCAGCCACGAGACUUUGAUGCGUAUCAGAUUGCGAGGUGUCAGGCCUUGA